UCCACCCGACGCGUCGCGACGUCUCAUUGUGUCCUGUCAACAUUGUUGUUGUUAUUAUUAUUAUCAUCUGUUUGACGUCGUUUUUCUUCAUUUACCUGUUAUUCUUAACUUAGUAAUUGUACUAAUUUUUUACAAUUUGUUUUUGCUUUCGAUCUUGUUUAAUGUAUUCUCGUCAACCGGUUUUCGUAUUUCGUAAUCGAUCGAUUUUUCACAUCCGCCAAUAUUCGUUUUUCCCGAGGAGCUAUAUAGAUAGUAGAUACUCGUAAAUCGUUGUCGUGACUCGUGUGCAAGAAUUUGUUGGCCGAGUAAGCUCUUACCGAUAAUUUUUUUUUAUCCGUCCGUCGCCCUUCAAUUAUUUAAAACGUUGAUUCUGAAUUUGUUCGCAACCGAUCACAUGCGCCCAAAGCACUAAGUUUAUCCAAUGGCUUCGAGAAAGUUAUUUUCUGUCAAAGACAAGGUCUUUGUAAAACGACGAGGAUAUCCUGCUUGGCCUGCUUUAAUAAUUGGUAUUAAAACUAACACUGAAUCGGAACCAAUUUAUACUGUAUAUUUUUAUGGAACUGGUAAGUAUGGAGAAUGUAAACCAGAAGUACUCUGUCUGUAUGAAGAAAACAAGUAUAAACUAGGUAAGCCCCGAAGAAAACAAAAGAAAUUUAAACAACUAGUUGAAGCUCUCGUUCAAAUAGAAAAUGAUGUCAAAAAUGAUUUUUUCCCUGACAACAAUGUUGAAGUAUAUAUGCCACCAAUUUCUACAACAAACAUAAAUGAAGAAUUAUCCUUAGAUGAUGAAUCCAAUAAUUUGGGUGAAACUGAAAAUCAAAGUGAAGAAAACGAAAAAAAAAAGUUGAUUAAUGAGUCAAGUUUAUCCAAAGGUUUAAAAGUAGUUCUAUCAAAAAAAAAGAUAUCUAAUUCUGCAUUUUCAAAAAGAAAACAAUCUGAUAACACACUUAUAGAAGUCCCGAAGAAGCUAAAAAAAUCAAAAAGUUUCAACCUUAUAAAUGUUCAACCUAUAGUAUUGUUGGAACCGUUGAAAGUUGCUGAUUUAGAAAGAAGAUUGAAUAGAAAGCAGAAUUUUGAGACUGCUGAUAAAAAUGUUGCUGUCAAUGAACACAUUUCUGAACCCCUUAAUACUACUAAAUCUGUAAUUGAAUCCAAUGACAUUUCAUUAAAUUGCUGUGAAACUGCGGAACCAAAAAAAAUGAAUGAUAGUGUUCAAUCAGAUUUAGGUCGUACAUCACGCUUUGGUCGUAAAAUCAAGCCAAACAGAAUGUCUGACCAUGAAUUUGUCACCAAAUUUCCAAAAAAUAACAAGUUAAAGAAAGCAGAUUCAAAAAUUAUAAAAACUCAUAAUUUUGACAAUAAUGAUACUGAUGAUUCUUUAAAACAAAAUGUCAAAGCUAGAGAUUCAAGCACAAAAGGAAUGAAGAAUUUGAAAAAUAAUGUAGUAUCAAUACCCGUGUCAAUACCAUGUACGCUUGACAGUGUAUCAAAAAAAGUAUGUCCAGUGAAAAAAAGCCGCCAUGAGAGAAAUCCACCAAAUAAUUUAAUUAAAAAUGUCAUGGGUUCUUUAUCAAAUGAAGAUGUUGAGUGGAAAAAAAUGGAAUCAAACAAAGCAGAUCAAGUUAAUUUGCUACUAACAGAAGUAAAUUUACUUGAUUAUGUUAAUAAAUUAUGCUCUGCAUUAUCAAUUAACUAUAGCAAAUUAAGUUAUGAAAUGGCAUUGAAGUCAUUAGAACAGAUAAGUGAAUUACAAUUUAAUGCUCUUAUGUUAUUAAAACAUAGAUGUGUCGUUGAUAAAAUUACAAAAGUAACAAAGUAUGUAGGGGAUGUGAAUAACUGGUCCUUAAGCAAUGAGGAAGCUGUUGAACAUGUUAAUAAAGCAAGCCAAAUUCGAUGUAAAGCUCAAAAGGUAUUACAUAAAUGCAUAUCAUUAUUCACUGUACUUGAUGGACAAACAUUUCAAGAGGUAUACAACCAAGAAGUUGAUGAGUUUAUUACAAAAACUCGACAUUUGACCAAUGAUCAGAUUUAUGGUUGUACUACAGAUAAAUUGUACAAAUAACUUCUUCUGCAAACAAGUGCAAGUGGCAAGAACUAUUUUUUGUAUUUUUAGGUAUCCAUUAUUUUUUUUAUAAAAUGUUGCAUCCAUAAUAGUUAUUUUUUUAAUUGUAAUUACCUACA